CAGACUGCCGGGGGAGCGAGGACGAGCGGAGCUGGACGAGGUGAACGCUCUGUGGAUUCUUUCCAGCGUGUGCGUUAGUGCCGCGUUAUGGACAGCAUGAAAGAUUGAUGGAGAUAAAAGGAAAAGGACGUCGUCUGGCUCUGUCGUCUGGGUCGGACGCUCUGACGGACACGGCGGCGGCGCAGGAGAGAAGGGGGAGGAGCCGAGCUGUCGUCCCCCUCCUCUAGAUGUGACGGAUACGCGCGGGGGCGGCGCGUCGAGCAAGGCGACAUCACACAGAAGGGAUAUGAGAAGAAGAGAUCCAAGCUGAUCGGAGCCUUCUUCCCUCAAGCACCAGGGAUGGAUCCGUCCGUGGGCCAGGAGAGGAGAGCGCCCGUCACCCCGUCCUCGUCCUCCCGCUACCACCGCCGCCGCUCGUCCGGCUCCAGAGACGAACGCUACCGGUCAGAUGUGCACACGGAGGCCGUGCAGGCGGCCCUGGCCAAGCACAAAGAGAGGAAGAUGGCCGUGCCCAUGCCGUCGAAGCGGCGGUCGCUGGUGGUCCAGACCUCCAUGGACGCCUACACACCACCAGUGUGUUCUUCUGUCCCGUCCCGCUCAGACACGUCCUCCGGCUCGGAGGGCGAGGGUCAGGGGGGCGACGGCGACGGAGGGGAAGGAGGCGACGGCGAAGAGGAGGACGGAGGAGGAGGCGGCGGCGGCGGCGGCGGCGGGACCUCGUCCAGCCGAGAGGGGAGCAUCAGCAUGGAGCACUGGAUCAGCCGGGCCAUGCACGGCACCUCGUCCACCACCACCACCACCUCGUCCACGGCCUCGUCCUCCUCCUCCUCCACGCGCAGCGGCGGCAGCGGGGCGGCCGGCGGCAGGCUGGCCGACGUCCUGGCGCAGCACGUCCACAUCUCCGCCCACCACCACCACAACCACCGCCGCCACCACCACCACCACCACCACCAUCACCACAAGACAGAGAACCACUCUGCCCCUCCAGAUGUCACCGGCUACACCAACAACACGGCCGGCGGCGCCGAUGGCAUCCAGGUGGAGAGAGCCCCAGGCGCCGCGGUCCAGAGGCAGACGCCCAAGUACGGCAACGCCGAGCUGAUGGAGACGGGAGAUGGUGUCCCAGUCAGCAGCAGAGUUUCAGCCAAGAUUCAGCAACUGGUCAACACCCUGAAGAGACCGAAGCGGCCGCCGCUCAGGGAGUUCUUUGUGGACGACUUCGAGGAGCUGCUGGAGGUCCAGCAGCCGGACCCCAAUCAGCCCAAGGCCGAGGGGGCCCAGAUGGUGGCCAUGCGGGGCGAGCAGCUGGGCGUCGUGACAAACUGGCCCCCGUCCCUGGAGGCGGCCCUGCAGCGGUGGGGCACCAUCUCCCCGAAGGCCCCCUGCCUCACCACCAUGGACACCAACGGCAAGCCGCUCUACGUGCUGACCUACGGUAAACUUUGGUCCAGAAGUGUGAAGGUGGCCUACAACCUGCUGCACAAACUGGGAUCCAAACAGGAACCACUGGUCCGACCGGGAGACCGGGUGGCGCUGGUGUUCCCGAACAACGACCCGGCCGCCUUCAUGACGGCCUUCUACGGCUGCCUGCUGGCUGAGGUCGUCCCCGUGCCCAUCGAAGUGCCGCUGACCCGGAAGGACGCUGGCAGUCAGCAGAUCGGGUUCCUGCUGGGGAGCUGCGGCGUGACGGUGGCGCUGACCAGCGACGCCUGCCACAAGGGGCUGCCCAAGAGUCCCACCGGAGAGAUCCCACAGUUCAAAGGCUGGCCCAAGGUGCUGUGGUUCGUGGCCGAGUCCAAACACCUCUCCAAACCACCCAGAGACUGGUUCCCUCACAUCAAGGACGCCAACCAGGACACGGCCUACAUCGAGUAUAAAACGUGUCAGGACGGCAGCGUCCUCGGCGUGACGGUGAUGAGGAUCGCCGUGCUCACACACUGCCAGGCCCUCACGCAGUCGUGCUCAUACACAGAAGCCGAGACCAUAGUGAAUGUAUUGGACUUCAAGAAGGACGUGGGACUGUGGCACGCCGUCCUCACUAGUGUGAUGAACAUGAUGCAUGUCAUCAGCAUCCCCUACGCCCUCAUGAAGGUCAACCCUCUGUCCUGGAUCCAAAAGGUCUGCCAGUUCAAAGCCAAAGUGGCGUGUGUGAAGUCGCGGGACAUGCACUGGGCCCUCGUGGCCCACCGGGACCAGCGGGACGUCAACCUGAGCUCCCUGCGCAUGCUGGUGGUGGCCGACGGUUCGAACCCCUGGUCCAUCUCAUCGUGCGACGCCUUCCUCAACGUCUUCCAGACCAAAGGUUUGAGGCCGGAGGUCAUCUGUCCCUGCGCCAGCUCCCCCGAGGCUCUGACGGUGGCUAUAAGGAGGCCGCUGGAGGAGGGCGGCGCCCCCCCGGGCCGCGGCGUGUUGUCCAUGCAGGGUCUGAGUCACGGCGUGAUCCGGGUCGACUCGGAGGAGAAGCUGUCGGUCCUCACGCUGCAGGACGUCGGCUCCGUGAUGCCCGGAGCUCUGAUGUGCGCCGUGAAGCCGGAGGGCGUUCCCCAGCUCUGCAGAACCGACGAGAUCGGAGAGUUGUGCGUUUGCACCGCCGCCACGGGAACCUCGUACUACGGCCUGGCCGGCAUGACCAAGAACACCUUCGAGGUCUUCCCGAUGACAAGCGCCGGCGCCCCCGUCAGCGAGUUCCCCUUCACCAGGACCGGCCUGCUGGGCUUCAUCGGACCCGCCGGCCUGAUCUUUGUCGCAGGGAAGAUGGACGGACUGAUGGUGGUGGCGGGGCGCAGGCACAACGCCGACGACAUCGUCGCCACCGCGCUCGCCGUGGAGCCCAUGAAGUUCGUCUACAGGGGGAGGAUAGCCGUGUUCUCCAUCACGGUGCUUCAUGACGAGCGGAUCGUGGUCGUGGCGGAGCAGCGGCCAGACUCCACCGAGGAGGACAGCUUCCAGUGGAUGAGCCGAGUUCUGCAGGCGAUAGACGGCAUCCACCAGGUGGGCGUGUACUGCCUGGCGCUGGUGCCCUCCAACACUCUGCCCAAGACGCCGCUGGGUGGCAUCCACCUGUCGGAGACCAAGCAGCUCUUCCUGGAGGGGGCGCUGCACCCCUGCAACGUGCUCAUGUGUCCGCACACCUGCGUCACCAACCUGCCCAAACCCCGGCAGAAACAGCCAGAGAUCGGUCCGGCGUCUGUGAUGGUCGGAAACCUGGUGUCGGGGAAGAGGAUCGCUCAGGCCAGCGGCAGGGAUCUGGGCCAGAUCGAGGACAAUGACCAGGCAAGGAAGUUCCUCUUCCUGUCGGAGGUGUUACAGUGGCGAGCCCAGACCACGCCGGACCACGUCCUGUACACGCUGCUCAACUCCAGAGGUACGAUAGCCAGCUCCCUCACUUGUGUCCAGAUGCACAAGCGAGCGGAGAAGAUCGCCGCCAUGCUGGCCGAGCGGGGCCACCUGCAGGACGGGGACCACGUGGCGCUGGUCUACCCUCCAGGCAUCGACCUCAUCGUGGCGUUUUACGGCUGCCUGUACGCCGGCUGCGUGCCGAUCACGGUGCGACCGCCUCACCUGCAGAACAUCGCCACCACGCUGCCCACCGUCAAGAUGAUCGUGGAGGUGAGCCGGUCGGUGUGCGUCAUGACCACACAGCUCAUCUCUAAGCUGCUGAGGUCGAAGGAAGCUUCGGCCGCCGUGGACGUCCGCACCUGGCCGCCCGUCCUCGACACAGACGAUUUGCCAAAGAAGAAACCUCCUCUGCUCUAUAAACCGUCCGACCCCGACACGCUGGCCUACCUGGACUUCAGCGUCUCCACCACGGGCAUGCUCGCUGGAGUCAAGAUGUCUCACACAGCCACCAGUGCCUUCUGCCGCUCCAUCAAGCUGCAGGGUGAGCUCUACCCGUCCAGAGAGGUCGCCAUCUGCCUCGACCCCUACUGCGGCCUGGGCUUCGUCCUCUGGUGCCUUUGCAGUGUGUACUCAGGUCACCAGUCCAUCCUCAUCCCUCCGUCCGAGCUGGAGGCCAACCCGGCCCUCUGGCUGUCGGCCGUCAGCCAGUACAAGGUCCGCGACACCUUCUGCUCCUACAGCGUCAUGGAGCUGUGCACCAAAGGCCUGGGCCUGCAGACCGACGCGCUGAAGUCUCGAGGCCUGGACUUGUCCCGCGUGAGGACCUGCGUGGUCGUGGCGGAGGAGCGUCCCCGGACGGCCCUGACGCAGUCCUUCUCCAAACUCUUCAAGGACCUGGGACUCCACCCCCGCGCCGUCAGCACGUCCUUCGGCUGCAGGGUCAACCUGGCCAUCUGCCUGCAGCCUCACAGGCUGGGAAAACCUGCUGACCAGGGCACGUCGGGACCCGACCCCACCACCGUGUUCGUGGACAUGAGAGCGCUGCGGCACGACAGGGUCAGACUGGUCGAGAGGGGGUCACCACACAGCCUGCCGCUGAUGGAGUCUGGGAAGAUUCUCCCCGGCGUCCGAAUCAUCAUCGCCAACCCGGAGACCAAGGGACCAAUGGGAGAGUCACACCUGGGAGAGAUCUGGGUGCACAGCGGCCACAACGCCAGCGGCUACUUCACCGUGUACGGCGACGAGGCGCUGCAGUCCGACCACUUCAACUCGCGGCUCAGCUUCGGAGACACGCAGACCGUCUGGGCUCGGACCGGCUACCUGGGCUUCCUGCGCCGCACGGAGCUCACCGACGCCAGCGGCGAGCGUCACGAUGCGCUGUACGUGGUCGGAGCCCUGGAGGAAGCCAUGGAGCUGAGGGGGAUGCGUUACCACCCCAUCGACAUCGAGACGUCCGUCAUCAGGACGCACAAGAGCAUCACGGAGUGCGCCGUCUUCACGUGGACCAACCUGCUGGUGGUGGUGGUGGAGCUGGACGGCUCCGAGCACGAGGCCCUGGACCUGGUGCCGCUGGUGACCAACGUGGUGCUGGAGGAGCACUACCUGAUCGUGGGCGUGGUGGUGGUGGUCGACAUCGGCGUCAUCCCCAUCAACUCCCGCGGCGAGAAGCAGCGCAUGCACCUGCGCGACGGCUUCCUGGCCGACCAGCUGGACCCCAUCUACGUGGCCUACAACAUGUAGCGACGCCCCCCGGUGGCCCGACGCAAAGGCGGACGCGGGAUUAUUCAGGAGGAUGCGAAGACUUGUCUGCACCGGAGGCCGAGGCGGAGUUCGUGGCGUGAGGGCAAGGACAUGGAUGACUUCUUUUUUGCCCCCGAAUUGUGUCUCCCAGGCAACGCUUCAUCCGAGGCUGCGUAUCAGGAGGUUAUUGGACAGUUACAGUCGCGGCAGCCCGUGUUUUCAGUAUGAAAGACGUGAGGCCACCGGGCCGAGACAGACGUGGCGUGAGCUGCGACCGCGCGGCGCAGGAGAGGACAAUCGUUAACGUAGCAAAGAUUCUAUCUUUUAAAAUCUACAUUUGGCUCAUUGAGUUUUUGUUUAUUAUCAUUUGUUUUUUUCACGUUCUCUAACGUUCUGUUUUUUUUUUUUUAAGCAUAUUUUCAAUCAAACGGUGGCAAAAACAAUUAUAUUUUACGUAUUGACAGUAUCAACCUGCAAAGUGUGAGAUAUGUUUUUGAUACGAGGGCGACGAAUCGCAGCUGUCCCUCAAUUUGAUGAGGUACUAACCGUUUGUCUCGCGUUAGCUCGUUUCUUGUUUUUUAUUUUUUACUCAACAUUAUUUCCUGAUCCGUUCGUCCGCUCUCGGGGACAAAUCAUCACGCCAACUUUCACAAACUAACAGCUGCAGCCUUUUAACGCCGUUUGCUCUAUUUUUCCGCGUACAAACGAACGAACAUGCUUCGACCGACCGAAGCGGGAAACAACACGUAAAUCCAUAUCAUGUAAGUAUGUACAAAAGGAAACCGAUUUAAUUUAUUUUGUCUCUCUUUUAGAAGUAUAUGACGAGACGUUCAAGAAAUGUUUCGCUCCUGAAUAUUUGCUAAUAUAAAGAAAACAAAACAGCGUUGUGUCGUCACAAGUGAGACGGACUCGCAUCAAGCAUAUUGUGGAAAAUAGAAAUAUAUGAUUAUAGAUAUUAGAAGGUGAGUGAGCGGACAGCAGCAGUUUUACGACGCUUUUUUUUUUUAUCUGCAUGCAACGGAAGCUUGUGGAAGAGUUUCAUUCCUUUGAAGAGUUCUGAACCGAAAAUAUAAACUAUAAAAAUUCAGCUUUUAUUAUUUUGAGUCUAAAGGUUUUGAUCUUUUUUCUCUCCAUCAGGAAAAACGUUUUGACUAAACCUCAAGAUUUGUCAUUAUCGGCCUUAAAUUAUCAAGUAUUCCCUCAAAUUCCAAAUUGGUACACAUAUCUAAUUCCUUAGUAAUACAACUAAAACUGCAUGAAAUACAUGUAUUUACUGUAAUAUCAGAGUUGCUGCUGCAGCAGUUCAUCAACAGUCGGUGGCGCAUCAACGCACCAAGGCAGUGAAACAGAAAAGUGUCUAAAAUCUAAUUUGCAGAUGUUUAAUGAGGACGGAAAAACGCAUUUGUUAUCGUAGAUACAUGAUGUGUUUGGGUUCGUUAGGUUGAGUCGCAGUGUAAGUUUAAGUGUUUGUUUUUUUUAACAAAGAUUAAAAGAUGAGGGGAAACGAAAACGAAGAGUUUGCUUUACAAUUCACUUUGCAAAGUUUUCAAAUUCAACGACGACCACGUUGUUUAACAGCCAAAAUCUGACAUCAUAUUCGUGAGUUUGUCCUUCAGUUCAGAAUGACAUGCAUGUAAAUCCAAACGCGUGACUAAUGUCCGGACGGACAGAUUGUACGUUUUCACGCACGUGAAUGAAUUUGAAAACUUGAUGAGCACAAGUUUACGUCACGUGAGGGAGAUCCUUUGUGAUCCAAGAUUAAUAUGACAAAUUGAAGGAGUCGUUCAUUAACCAAACCUCUGAAAUCCUUCUGAAGACACAUUUACAGAUGAAGGACAUUUGCUGCCCUCUGGUGGUGACCAGGGGAAGCUGCAACAACAACAUCACCCAACAUAACAACCUGAUCUUUUAACAUGUUUUAAAGAGGAAUAAUAAUCCAGAUUCAAUUCAUAGAAACUCAUCAGCGGAAUGAAACUCGUCAGUUCAAGCAGCAGCAGCACUGGAGUUGGUUUUGGGAAGAAAGGCCGAAUCCUCGCCAACGGCUUCCAAGUGGCAGGAAGUGGAACAGCUGCUGCUGCUGUAAAUAUCAGUCAGAAGUCCCUCGCGUAUGUUUUUGAAUUGUACACGGACGGAUCAAUCAGGGCUCGUUAACGGUGACGUCACCACAGGAACAAAGACUGAAGCAAACAGGAAGCGGAAGGCGAAGGAGUUCAGCCAGAGGAACACGACCUUCAGUCUGUGAUUCAACAAGCUUCUCAUCUUUGUCUGAGAAUGUUCUAGUUUUUUGUUGUUUAAGAAAAAGCACUUUCUUCACCGUUUGUUUCUUCUUCUCCUCUUAUCGAGCGAGAUGUACGUUCCCCCCCGCUGUGUUUUUUUUCUUUCUAAAGGUUUUAAACAUGUCUUAUUUGAGUUGACAAAAAGUCUUUUGAUUAAAUAAAUAUUUCAACAAUUUUGACAAUAAA